AUGAACGAUAAGGCAGCAAACACAACAACAAAAGCUGCCAUUCGUCAGCGUAUAUGGGAUCAUAUGGAAAGGAACAAUCUUGCCAACUAUCCUCGACCUGUUCACCACCGAAUCCCGAAUUUUAAGGGUGCAAACGCAGCUGGAGAAAAGGUUGUUGCUAUGGAAACAUUCAAAAAUGCUAAAACUGUGAAGGUUAACCCAGAUAAACCGCAAGAAUUUGUGAGAUACAAGGCAUUAGAGGAAAAUAAAGUAUUAUUGGUUCCUACGCCAAGAUUAAAAAAUGGUUUGUUCAAUCGCAUUGUUCCACCUUCUGAUAGUAACACUGCCACGCUUAAGAAGUGUGCAACUAAAGAGGGUAUUACAAACCAUAGUACUCCUGUUGGUCUGGAUCAUAAAGUCAACAUUGAUCUUAUUGUUAUAGGGUCCGUUGCAGUGUCAACAAAAGGUAAAGUACUGUUAAAAGACAGUUGUAGCUCUUUAAGAAUUAUUGUGCAUACAUGCAUGCAUGUGUAAGCAUUGCUUGCCAUGCAAAAUAAUUCUGAUGUAGUGUCACUCUCAAAUGGUCUUAUGGAAAGAAGGGAGUUUGAGUGACCCUUACAGUCUUAGAUCAUGGCUAGAAAUUUGUAUUUGGGGCAGGAAAAAAUGAAAGCUAGACUAUAAUAAUAGGUAGACAAGCUUUCUUUUUUUCUAAUUAUUAGCCUCUUAUUUUCCGCAGGGAAAAUAGACUAGCACGUAUGAAAACUAUAAACUGCUUACUUUAUGAGGAAAAAUAGGGACCUGAAAGGGGGUACUCCUCCAGGAUACCCCACCGAGGGUGCUCUGUCGGGGGUAGUCCCAUUAUAUGGGCUAUAUUGAGAUGAGCCAAAUGACGGGGUAUGGUUUUGCCUCCCCGACACUCCAGGAGCACCAUUUCAAGAUUUCUCCCUGAAACAUUCAGUAAUUUUUUUUCACAGUCAAAUGAAGAUAGCAUAUUUAUAUUCAGAACAAAGGUGUCUUGUCUAGAACCAGUCAGGCCCCAUGAGAAAUUUAAGGGAUUAUUCUACCCCAGGAGUGAGGAAAAGUCUUUACCCCUUAUGAAAAAACAUGCAAACAUGUCUAGCUAUCUUGACCAAAUGAGCUUAAUGGAUGUAUUUUGAUUUGGCCAAUAUAUGCAAAAGAAUGAAACAUUCUUGAGGCAGGAAUAAAGAAGUUCAACUCUACUCUCAUGUUUUCCAUUCUUUCUAUGUAAUGAACAAUCCCUAAAUGCUUUUGCCCAUUAUGUUUCUCUUUUUUGUUUUCUAAACCUUUUAAUUAAGCCCUAUAUAAAAAUACAAUAUUCUAAGAACUGAUCUCCAUACAUUAUAAUAUCUUAAAGAAUAAGUCGAGGGAGUAUGAUAAAGGAUCAAAGCAUUAAUUAUUUUUAUUAUUCAUUUGACCAUUUCAUUUGACCAUUUGACCACUGCUACAAAUAUUCUUUCUUGGUACGGAUCGUUAAUGCAUGGAAUAACUUGCCUAUAAAGGUGUUAUACACGCAUAUCAAUAUUGAUUAAUACAGUGGUAAAUAGUUUCAAUAUUAUGAUAUGCAAAUGUUUUUCAUUUCAGUUUUUAGGUUUUAGAUAUUUCUCUCUGUAUAAUUAUAAUGUUUUAGAUUCUAGAUUUUACCUUUUCAUCUUUUAUUUUGGGGAAUCUCUCAUAUAGGGUUAACCUCUAGAUAUCCCCUUUCAAGAGAUAUUUUGUAACUUUAGUUUUUAUCUCUGGAAUAAAGUAUUGUAUUGUAUAAUUUUGAUUAACUCUCAUAAGCUUUCCUCUUGAUAACAUAUAAAUAUUGUUGGGAAAAAAUUGACAUUGGUCACUCUUGUGACUUAAACAGUUAACUAUCCCUUAGCUUUUCUAUUCCAACUUACAGGGUAUCGCAUUGGUAAAGGUGAAGGAUAUGCUGAUAUGGAAUAUGCAAUGAUGGUUACCAUGGGAGCUGUCAAUCACAACACUGUUGUUAUUACAACUGUCCAUGACUGUCAAAUAGUGGAUAUUCCAGAUGAGCUGACAGAUGAUCAUGAUUUGACGGUAAAUCAAAAUUUAUCAGCUAAUGUCCAUUAGAUCAUAAGCUAAGGGUGAACUCCCUCACAAGUCAUAAGUGACCAUGGGAAUCGGGUUAUGUAAAGGCUUCUGGCAUCUGCUGUAGAUCAAGAGCACAUCAGAAAGAUUUGGAAAAUAUGAACAGGAUGUAGAAUUUAGCAAUUAGCACUUUUCACACUUUGAGAUCCAUUUCAUAGAGGUAAGAUCCUUAAGACAAUUGUCUGGUAGGAAAUUUUGACUAAACACAAAUUAUCCAUGGUCACACAGCAGUAAUGUCUAUUUUACUUUUCCUACCCAACUUUAAUGGCAAUGGCUCUCUAUAUGAGAGAAUCUUUAGACACAAAUUAGGGCGUAUGUUCAAAAUUGAGAUUAGCUGGGGAAAGUCAUUGGAAUAAUUGCAGAAGAUUUUCUUCAGGGUUGUCAGGAUUGAAUAACUCUGUUGGAGACUUAACUAACUGACAAAGUAGUUUGCAACUUUGCCACAAGGAAGUGAAAGAAAAAAAUGUAUGAAAGUCAAAUCACCACGCUAAGGUAACAUGAAAAACUAAUGAUCAUUUAAUCCCUCAAUAAAUUACAUUUAAGCAGAGGUUAGAUGAUUUUGAACAAACCUGGCACACGACGACAUCUUGGCCAAUAAUGAGGCUGCACUUGAAGGGGAUAUGUCAUGCAUUCAGUACAGAAUUGACCUAAAACAGCAAUAUCCUUGCGACAUGGCAGGCACCUGCCAGCAUAAUGCAUGAGGGCCUGUCCUCAUCAUUAUUAUGCAAAGCAGUGUUUGAGAAUGAAAAUUCAAAAUAACAGUACCAUGCUAGCUAGUGGCAUGUGGUCACACAUUGUUCUUUUCUCGUUGUUUACAGGUGGAUUACAUCAUAACACCAACAAGAGUAAUCCAUUGUAAAGUGGAAAGACAGCUAAGGCCAACUGGAAUACAGUGGUCAAGAAUCACACCACAAAUGUUAAAGGACAUCCCCAUCUUAAGAGAUCUUAGAGAAAGAGAGAGGAAGCUUGGAAGAGACAUUUCUUUAAAGGAAUAG